AUGGGCGAGUUUGGUGCCAAAGUCUCCGAUCUGCUCGACCUUUACAGCAGAUGCUCAGGCUUGUUGAAGGCUUUCAGGGGGACAUCAGACUCCGACGUGGACUCACUCAGCUCAUAUGCACGGCUCCGGAGCUCGAUUCGCUCUGACCGGGCCAAGGUCCCGACGUCAAGGUCGGCGCUGAGGCGCAUCCUGAGGAGGCUGAAGAUGGCCUUGGUCGACAUUUUGGGCACGGCCAAAACACAGAGACCCAUUAUAGAUUACGAGUCACUGAUGUCCCUAUCGAACACGUCCCGAACUGACACCAUUAAGACCAUCGAGCGGUUGUCACAUCGACUGAGCAGUCGCCGGCUAAGCAGUGCCCAAAAGGGGCAUGAGACCUCACCGCCAUACGCAUCAAGGAGCCGUCGACAUAAGAAACAGUCGUCCUCUACCAAAGAGAAUAACCGCGACAGACAUCGCGCGGGAUCCAAGGACCCGAGGCUUGGGGACGCUACGAGGCUACGAACACCAAGCCAUGGUGAGCUGACCCAAGACCUUUGCCUACGGUCCAAUAUACCUGGGAAGGCGACAAGGGAGGACAUACGCAGCAAAAGAAGCGGAAAUGCCCAUGUCGCUGAAAGCUCGCAUCGCAUUUCCUUCAUAUCCACGUUCUCGGAUAGUACCAAACUCGGCGAGAUGCCACGACGAAGGUCACGCUUGGUGCAAAACUCGGAUGGCGGAGAGUACACGGAGUUUCCAUUCCACCCAGUGUAUCCUAUCAACGCCUACAGGCCGGAAUCAGACGAGAAGAGGAGUUUCUUGAGACGCCUGUUUGGAAGUCAUGGGAGGAAGUGA